GUCAGGGCUGCAGAGGCGCCUGGCGCACCCGCGGGAGCGGAGCCGCGGCGCGCUCGCCCCGGACGCCGGCAGCCCCUCCGCUCGCCCAGCUGAGCGAGCGGCCCGGGGCGCCGAGGGGUCCGCGCCGAGCCGCGCGGGGCGCUGCGCCCUGGCCGCCAUGUGCUCCCAGCUCUGGUUCCUGACCGACCGGCGCAUCCGCGAGGACUACCCGCAGGUGCAGAUCCUGCGCGCCCUCCGGCAGCGCUGCUCCGAGCAGGACGUGCGCUUCCGGGCGGUGCUCAUGGACCAGAUCGCCGUCACCGUCGUCGGCGGCCACCUCGGCCUCCAGCUAAACCAGAAGGCCCUCACCACCUUCCCAGAUGUCGUACUUGUGCGGGUACCCACACCCUCAGUACAGUCAGACAGUGACAUCACUGUCCUGCGACACCUGGAGAAGCUGGGCUGCCGGUUGGUCAAUCGUCCACAGAGCAUCUUAAAUUGCAUCAACAAAUUCUGGACGUUCCAAGAACUGGCUGGACAUGGAGUCCCCAUGCCAGACACCUUCUCCUAUGGUGGGCAUGAAGACUUCUCAAAAAUGAUUGAUGAAGCUGAGCCCCUGGGCUACCCGGUCGUGGUGAAGAGCACACGAGGCCACCGGGGAAAAGCUGUUUUUCUGGCAAGAGAUAAACAUCACCUCUCUGACAUCUGCCAUCUGAUCCGCCAUGAUGUGCCCUACCUGUUCCAGAAGUACGUGAAGGAGUCCCAUGGAAAGGACAUCCGGGUGGUGGUGGUAGGGGGCCAAGUCAUAGGCUCUAUGCUUCGCUGUUCCACUGAUGGACGGAUGCAGAGCAACUGCUCUCUCGGUGGCGUAGGCGUCAUGUGCCCGCUGACAGAACAAGGCAAGCAGUUGGCCAUUCAGGUGUCCAACAUCCUAGGCAUGGACUUCUGUGGCAUUGAUCUGCUUAUCAUGGACGAUGGCUCCUUUGUGGUGUGUGAGGCAAACGCUAAUGUCGGCUUCCUCGCCUUUGACCAGGCGUGCAACUUAGAUGUGGGUGGGAUCAUUGCAGACUAUACCAUGUCCUUGCUGCCAACUAGGCAGACUGGGAAGAUGGCUGUCCUCCCAGGACUGUCGAGUCCGAGGGAGAAGAACGAGCCAGACGGCUGUGCUUCAGCUCAGGGAGUUGCAGAGAGUGUCUAUACCAUCAACAGUGGGUCUACCUCUAGCGAAAGUGAGCCUGAACUGGGAGAGAUCCGGGAUUCCUCAGCAAGCACACUGGGGGCGCCACCCUCCUUGCUGCCCGAACCUGGCUACAACAUUAACAACAGGAUUGCUUCUGAAUUAAAACUUAAGUGAAUUCCUGCUUUUUGGCAGCAUUUAAACCAAAUCCUACUGCUUCCUUAGUAGUUUUGAGUGAAUAAAAUCUGGACUCAUGUGAUUUCAUUUGCACAGAAACUAGAAAUCCCAUCUGGGCACUCAGCAUUUUUUCUAAUGAUGAUUAAAGCAAAUGGCCUAGCUUUGUGGUUUUUACAAAGACAAAUAUAAAAACAGUCACCAAGAACAACGUCCCGACUGAUCAAUAGGAGACAUGUCUGCCGUGAGCACGUGGCUAUUACAGCUGACUUUAAGGCACUGACUGCUGCUGCUGCUUCUGACUUUUAGCAGUAGAAUCCAUUAACUCCAAAUGGCUCUUGGAAAUAUGUACUCAAAAGCAACCACGGGAUUGAAGCAUGUGCAGACCUGGUGGAAUGUGACUGCAGUAAUACAUUCUUCACUAAGUGUGUGUGUGAUGCUUGGAAAAUACACAGUUCAAACACUAUUAGAGGAUCGAUAUCUGCUCCCCAUCAAUCACCAUCUUGACUCUGUUUCUCUGACACUCAGGAUAUGGUGUUUUAGGGAGCUUCCUCAUUAGCAUUUUCAGUGAAGCACUUUGUAGAAAGUGAGAUUGAACAUUCUUUGACUUCACAGGUUGGCAAAUGUCCUGCUUUUAACUGGGCCUUUCUACAAAUUGCUUUGCCACUCUGAAUUUACAGACCCUGCUUCAACUAAUGUCAGCCCCAGCAGCUUCUUGCACCUUUGCUGCCUUUGGCCUCAGCUGGAAAUGCACUUCAAAGAGCUAGUGGCCACACACUUUAUUUCUUAAGCGUGCACUAGAAUCUAACACCAUGGACUUUCUUUUUCAAUGGACUCUGUUCACUUGUCAUCCAGAAGCCAGUGGGUUUUAACCAUAGAAAGCAACUUGGAGAUCAUCUUUCUUCCCCUCCUCUCCUGAAACUUUCUGUACUGCUUAGCUGUAGGAGGUUUCCUUGUAUGAGUGGGUAUAUGAGCAGAUGGGAGCCAUUGGAAACACUCCAGUCCCCUUGAAAUUCUACUUUUAUCUAGGAUCCAGACACCUGUCCUUGCCCACUUUUCCAAACUGGGAAGACUCAGGUAUCAGGAAUUACUCAUUGCACAUUUUGAGGGGGCUAAUGUAGACAUGACACCAAGUGCUUUUCAUUUUAAUUAAGCAGUAGAUGAGAUCUUUCCCAUGGGAGAAAUCACAGAGAUGGGAGUUUUCCAUUUCUGCUUAUAUGAAGUAUAACUGAAUGCGAGCAAAGCUACCUUUUUAACCAAAUACACUAGAACAUAUGCACUCAAGAGUUAGCAUAAUUGGAGUUACUUCCUUGAUGUUGCAUGCGCCAAGAACACUUAGGGUUCUUCUUUGGGAUUACCUUUGAAGCCAUGCAAGUCAAGAGGCCUCACAGCUUUAUAGUCAGACCUUGCAUUUUAUCCAACCCUUCCUCCUGCCCACCAAGGUAAUCCUGAGCUUCAUCAUCCAUUUUAUUUGGAAGACUUAUUUUCUAAUGCUCCUUAGCUGUUAAA